AAUUGCAACGACAUAAAGGAAGCAACUUUAUUAAUAUUAUUUAUUUUCUAUCUUCCUCCUCCAUAAGCAUUUUCUUCUCCCCCACACCCCAGACAGAACUCAAACUUCUUCCCCAAGAACAAUGUCGGAUGAUGAUGAUGAUCAUCAUCAUAAUAAAACAGAUGUCCAAGGAGGAGAAACCAGUACCGUCGUCAUAGAUAUGGAACAGACAAGCAGGGGCUCAACUAUUUUCGAACCCCAGACCAGCAGCAGCAUAGAUAAAAUCGAAAGCAGUAAUGCCAAUUCCAUUUCUCAAUCCUCUACAUACGACCACGCCCCUGAGAAAAAGCUCACUCUCUUUGCCCUCCGCCUCGCCGUAUUCGAGAAAGCAGCCACCGGCCUAGGAACUCUAGGCUUCAUCUGGGCAACCGUCGUUCUUCUCGGCGGCUUCGCAAUCACUCUCGACACUACAGACUUCUGGUUCAUAACCGUCAUUUUGGUCGUUGAAGGUGCUCGGAUUUUCAGCCGUAGCCAUGAGCUCGAAUGGCAACACCAAGCCACAUGGUCCAUGGCCGGAAAUAGCUUCCGGGCUAUAAAAUCCAGCUCACAUUUCAUUAUCAAAAAGGUUAAAUCAAUUUUCAAUUUCAAAUUCAAACCCAUUGUCAGCAGUAGACAAGUUUCCAGGAAACCACACCUGGUAAGCCGCAAAAACUGGAAUCAGCAAAGGAUUCCGACCAGAACCUGGGUGACAUCAGAUGUUCCUCUUUUACCAUAUGCCAAAUCAGUUUUCCAUACGAGAAACGUCAGCAAGUUUCUCAACUGGCUCCAGCUUGCAUCUGCAACAGCCUGCGCUGUAUUGUCUCUGAUGAAGCUUAUAAAACACGAUUAUGGCGAAAUUGAGAAAGGAGAUACGGACAAGAGGAAUAGAAAGGCGGCCCUCACUAUUUUCUACUCACUUGCCUUGGCAGAAGCUUCAUUGUUUCUGUUGGAGAAGAUUUACUGGGAGUAUAUGGUCAUUUACUGCAAAUUGCUGGACCAAGUUAACAAGGAAUGUGAACUCGAAUCUUUUGGAAAGAUUUCCAUCAAACGCUUCUUCUACGACGCUUACUCCAAGUGUGUCAACGGAAGCAUUUUCGACGGUUUGAAAAUGGACAUGGUUUCGUUCGCUACGGAACUCAUGGAUUCAGAUUCACCCGACGAACAGCUAAUCGGAGUCAGAAUCCUCAGGAAAUUCAUAUCCUGCGAGAGGUUUUCAGACGAUACGUUGCAGAAGAUAGGGGUUAAAAUAUCCGUCAUAGAAAGGCUGGUCGAGAUGUUGAACUGGAAAGAUUUCGAAGACGAAGAGAUAAGAUUAUCUGCAGCAGAGAUCUUGUCCAGAUUAGUCAAUAAAAAGCAGAAUUCACUCCGGGUUGCUGGAGUACCAGGGGCCAUGGAAUCAAUAUCGUCGCUUCUCCAAAUCAGCCGGAGUUCACAUGGAGGUGCAGGCGACUGUAUACCCGAAACGAAAAUGAAUCAGGACAAUGAGAAUUACGAUUUCUGGUCAUUCAAUCAUUUGGGACUUCUAAUCAUAAAGAAGCUUUCUCGUGACCAUGAGAAUUGUGGAAAGAUUGGCAACACUAGAGGUCUCUUACCUAAGAUCAUAGAUUUCACACAAGCCAGGGAGAGGCUACUUAUGGAAGAAGACGAAACAGUUACGCAACCGGAGAUUCUGACCCUCAAACGAUCGCUUCAAGUACUGAAGAUGUUAGCCAGCAUGACAGGAAAUACAGGCAAACAGCUCCGAAAAGAAAUCUCUGAGAUCGUCUUCACAAUCAGCAACAUAAGAGACAUACUGAGGUAUGGAGAGAAAAAACCUAUUCUACAACAACUAGGGAUUGAAAUCUUGACAAGCCUGGCACUCGAAGACGAUGCGACCGAAAGGAUCGGAGGAACAGGCGGAGUCCUCAGAGAAUUAUUCAACAUCUUCUUUAACCAAGAUAUGCCUGAAAGCCAUAUUCAUGUCAGAGCUGUGGCAGGACAAGCUUUAGCAAUGUUGGCACUAGAAAGCAAAAAUAACUGUCAUCGGAUUCUAAAACUGAGGGUUAUCGAAAAACUAAUCGUAGCCUUGAAGAUUCCCCUCUUGCAAAUUAACGCCGCCAGAAUCUUGAGAAACCUGUGCGCCUAUUCUGGAGGCGAACACUUUGCACAAUUGAGAGGCAUCACAUCUGCAGCACCAACAGUUCUAAGAGGUAUCAUGGAAGAAGAUAGCAAAUUGCUAGAAGUGAUGGUGGGAUUGGCAGCACAUGUUUUCAAAUACAUGACUACAAAGGAAUCAAGCGAAAUAUUCCAGAGAGAAUUAGGAAUCGAAAAGGCUGAAUUAGGGAAUGUGCUUAUUGGGAUUCUGAAGAAACACGAGUAUCCUCCAAUAAAGACUCCAAGAAUGAGGAGGUUCGUCAUAGAGUUGACAAUUACUAUGAUGAAGCACGAUGAAACCAACAUUCAGAUGUUCAAGGAACUGGAACUCUUAAAACAGUUGGAGUCUGUUACAGAAACAACGUCGGAGUUGGAAAGCUUCAAUGUUUUCUGUGGCACAGUUGGAUUGGGCCGUCACAGCAUAACAAUUCAUUCCUUGGUAGAAGAUGCAAUGAAGCUGCUUGAAGAUUGAAAUAUAGUAUCUGUUUUAUUUAACACUAAAAAGGAUAAAUCAAAUAAUUGUUGAAACAGUAGUAUCAUUUGUUGAGAGCACAAGUCAAAAACUAUGUAUUCUCAUUCUUCAGAUAUUAAGUUUUUCAUGCCUUGCA